UUUGACGCACGGUCCGACAAAAUGGCUUCAGUACCACGGUCGUUUUUGUUACUGUCAGUUAUUCCCACAAUACUUAUAUUGUGUGUUGAUUUUGCGUGUUGCAACACUGGCAGAAAGAUUGGUGAUGGGCUGGACACAGACUUCAGUGGGUUCUCUGUCCCUCUUGAGCAUUCCUUUGAAGUUGAUGAUGUGUCCCGGUUCCGUAUGCGUGGAGCUCUGCAGUUAAGGGGUGGGAGGGAGACCAGUGUGUCCCUCUCCCAGAGCCAGCUAUCAGAGGAGGACAGGAACACUCUGAAGGAAGUGGCUGCUGUGGAUGGUCUGUACAAAAUCCGAGUGCCCAGAGUGUCUUUGACAGACAGGCAGACAGAGCGCCAGAUGGAUGGCUACCUGACGGCGUUCGUCAGAGCGUGCUCUUUAGUUGAGUCCCACCUCAGCGAUGUCAUCACCCUCCACACUGAUGUCUCUGGCUACCUCAUCGGUGUUUCCAUAGUGACCAUUCCAGGCGCGUGUCGGGGGACAGAGGUGGAGGACGAAGUUGAUCUGGAGGCCUUUAACACUACGCUGACCAUCAUAGCGCCUACCAAUGCACCCCAGCCGGAGACUGCUCUGUUUAUUGAGCGCAUGGACAUAGAACAUGAAAAGAGAGGCAAGCCACAGGAGCAGAAAUCCUUCUUUGCCAAAUAUUGGUAUUUGAUUCUGGGAGGUGCAAUCUUCCUCAUGGCCAGCAGUUCGGCACAACCCUCAGCAGGGGGAGCCGAAGAGCAGCAGAGCUGAUUCCCACUCAAUGGAUGUACAUUGUUCCCCUCGUUCUCUUCCUGAUGAUGUCAGGAGCUCAGGAUCAGUCCGGGGGUGGAGCAGCUAAUGGAGGAGGCCGAUGAUCGCCGUGCCAACAUGAUUUAUGUGGAGCUGUUUCUUCUACUUGUAAAUAGUUAUGUAGAGAAAUGCACACCAUUCAACACACAGUUACACAUAGACUAAUAUGGACAGAUGAGCUAACCUUGAGAACGUAUGUCAUGAACUUCAUUUUUAAUAUUGAAGUGAUGGGAAAAAUAAAAUAUUUAUUACUACCUGAUAACUGUCUGAUUAUGGUAUUGAUAGCCACUAGCCAGUAUGAUGCCGCUGGAUAUGUAUUCAAGAGUGGGGUGGGUGGGGGACGCUGAGUAAAGAGAGAAAUGGGAGUUGUUUUCAGUCUUCUCUACUCCGCUAGAUGUCCUCUUUCUCUGCCCAUCCAGAAUGAUGCCUUAUUGAAGAUUUGUUCAACGUUAAAGCAAUUCGAUGGAGGAUGACAAAGGGAAAUUGUCGCUUUCGUGAACAUGUCACCAUGGACAAUAUUUGCAGCAUUUUGUUUGUGGUAAUUCUUUAAAGUACAUUGUGUAAUAGCUGUAGACAGUAGUGUAAUAAGGUGUGUUUAGCUAUUGCAGUGUCAGAGAACUGUCAUUCAGAUCACAUACCCUGUCCUGCCAUUAAUCUCUAUUUUAUUGCAUGGCUUGACUGCCACGCAUAUUCAAGCGGGGAAAAAAUAAAACCACAUCAAUGCAGUCAUGCUUCACAGUCCAAUAAUACAGUGUUGCCAGGACACUAUUGAGUUACUGGUUAA